UGACAGUUGUCAGAUCAGAUGUCAAUGUCAGAAUAAAUUUCCUUUUUCCUUCGUGUUUUGACUUCAGCUAAUAUUCUCAAUUUACAAAAUUACGACGAAAUAAAGUGUUUCGGCUUUCAGCCUGCUCAUUUGAUGGAUCCUUGGGGUGACAAAGUACAGACUACUGCGGUUGUAUCGGAAUUUGAAGACAAUUUCAAACCGGAGCCACAGGUUGAAAAGCUAUCUGACUCCGCCGAGUAUCUCGCUAUAUUGGAGCGAAAACUCAAGCAGAUUAGAAACAAGAACAAAGUUGUCGAAAACUUGUCCGCAUACCGCGCCGACUGCAUUGAUCGUUUGAUGAGAGAAGGCUGUGAUUUGGACCCUGUCAUCGGUGAUACUGAAUCUGAGAAGCUGCUGCAAGAAUAA